UAGUCAUUUGAACUUACGAGCCAACACUUCAGUACACUCCUCCAGAAAAACAACAAACAUGGCCGAGCCCGAGAUCCGACCUGCCCCUAAACAAUUUAAAUCAGACGUGUGGAAUCAUUUCGGAUUCUACAAUGUUGACGGAGGAAAUGAAUUGGACAAAAGCUACGUUGUAUGCAAGAUUUGUCGCGCUAAAAUAAAACACUUUGGCACAACGAAUAUGAGAAGUCACACAGCACGAUUCCACCCUACAGAGGUGGUGGGAAAGCCGGCUGCUGCUGUUGCUACUAGCAGCCCGAGAACAAUUGAGGACGCUCUGAGUAAGCAGCCAAACACAUCGCAAAAGGCCAAACGAAUUACGAAAGAUGAAGAGCCCUCUCCAAUUCUAGGCCCCAUUGACGAAUCCGAUUUAGAUGAAAGUUUCAACUUAAAGCCGUGCCAAGUUCCAGAACCUCCACGUGUACUCCAGCCUGAGACCCUCACUCAGAUGGCAUCUGCUAAAGCGGUGAAAACUGAGAAUGACCAAGAGCUUGGCUUGGACGCUGCUAUCUUCUGGGGACAUUGCAACACGGCAGGAUGUACAGAAGCCAUCUUCAGUGAUUUCUUAACAGACAUGAAGGAUGUCUUCCUGAGGAUCCAGAACUGUCAGGCCAGUCAGGAAGAUUUCAACGUGGCGUUGAAAGUUAUGUUGUCUUCUGGCAAAAUGACAAAGCUGCUGAGAAAACAGCAAAAAGAGUUGGAGCACAAACAAGUUGCGGUGAAAAAGUCAGUGGCAGCGAUGCAGGAAGUCAUGUCUUUGCUGAGCAGAUGAUCGCCACUGAACUACAUCACUGACAGCCGCCUAGAAAGCGUUUGGUCUCGCUUGAAAACUAAUCCUGCAAACGUCUUUGGACUCUUCAGAAAAACAGACUGUUUUUUUAAAAAAAUGCGUUUCUCCAUUCUUAUGUGGUUAGCCACAGAAUUAGCUGCAUAACGUAAUAAUUUCUCUGCAUUAAAUUCUGAAAAAUACCAACAUUUAAGGUUGUCUGAAAUAAAGAAUUAUUUUGCAAUAAA